UUACUCCCCACGAGGCGGCGAAGGGAGAGGAGAGGACGAAUAUCGUCGACUCCAGCCACUUCUUCAUCCUCUUCCUCCUCCUCUCCAGCCAGUCGCAUCCACCAUCACCAAUUCGUAAAUCGCGCAAACCCUAGCCCGCCAGAUUCCUCCCCUCGCCCGCUCCCCCGCUCGCUCGCCGGAGGACUCGGCGAUCGAUCGGUCCAUCUCCGCGCGGCCGGGCGCGUGAUUCGCCAGGAGGCGGGGCUCGAUUCCGCGAGGCUGGGGCGCGGGGCCGGCCGCUCGGGCCACUGGACCUGGUUCCGGGCCAUGGCCGGGAUCCACGACGACGCCGCGGACGGGAACGCCGCCGCCGCCGGGCGACCCGAGUUGACGCCCAUGGAGCGCGUCCAGCAGAAGCUCAUCGCCUGCGGGGUCCCGGAGGAGCAGCUGCAUGAGCACCAGGAAGGCCUGCUCAUGUAUCUGGAGGAGCACAGGGGCAGGGUCUCAGAGAUCACCGCGGCCAUCCUGUCUGCAGGCACCGAGCUCGCCGAGUCCCGCAAGCCCUCCUCCAAGAAGGAUGACGACAGCAGCUCUAGCAGCGAGGGCGGCGACGGAACGUACGGCGAGAGCAUGUCGUGGCUGCAGUGGAUGAUGUUCGACAGCGAGCCGGACGCGGUGCUCGACGACAUGGAGGCCGCCUGCGCGGAGGAGCGCGCCGUCUGCGGCUCUGUCUGGGGCCAGAAUGACCUCGCGUACCGCUGCAGGACCUGCGAGAACGACUCCACCUGCGCCAUCUGCGUCCCGUGCUUCCAGAACGGGAACCACGAGGACCACGACUACUCCAUCAUGUACACGGGCGGCGGGUGCUGCGACUGCGGGGAUGCGACCGCUUGGAAGCGCGAGGGGUUCUGCUCGAGGCACAAGGGGGCCGAACAGAUUAAGCCUCUCCCCGAGGAGCUCGCGGGUUCUGUAGGACCUGUGUUGGACGAGCUGUUGCUGUUCUGGAAGGAGAGGAUAUGCCUCGUGGAUGCCCCACCGCUUCGUUCAAAGACCUCCUGCAAGAGUGUUGCCGAAGAGUUGACGGAUUCUAUUGCUGACAUGCUGCUUCGCUUCUGCACGUGUAGUGAAAGCCUUCUGAGUUUUGUGUCCCAGAGGUUCCGUGAGUGCCCGGACCUAUUGGAGGCACUCACAAGGACAGAAAGGGUGCUGGACAAGAAAGUUGUGAAAAAAUUGCAUGAGUUGCUACUGAAGCUUAUCACUGAACCAGCUUUUAAGUUCGAGUUUGCGAAAGCCUUUAUACGCUACUACCCUGUUACAAUUUCUGAAGUUAUUAAAGGGAGCAGUGAUUCUCUGCUGGAGGAGUAUCGACUGAUACCAACCUUUUCUGUCCAAAUAUUUACCGUGCCUCCUCUGACUACAAGGCUCGUGCGCGAGCACAAUUUGUUGGGUGUUCUGCUUGAAAGUUUGACGGUUCUGUUUCUUUCUUGCGUUGGCGAGGAUGGUCGCUUACAGACAAGCAAAUGGACAAAUUUAUAUGAUUCUUCAAUUAGAUUACUGGAAGAUACACGCUAUGUUCUGAGUCAUGAGGAGGUUUCUAAGUAUGUUGCUUAUGAGAGGCCUGAUCUAUUAAGAUCAUGGAUUAAGCUGUUGUCACUUGUUCAAGGAAUGGAUCCUCAGAAGAGAGUGACGAGUAUUCAUGCUGAGGAUGAGAAUGAGAAUCUAUCUGCACCUUUCAUGCUUGGACAGUAUCUUGGGAUCAUUCAUAAUCUUUUGAUGAAAGGAGCAUUUUCUUCUCCUGAGCAACAAGAGUCAACUGAUGUAACUGUGUGCUCCACUGCGAUAAAAGGCAUGGAAAGUGCUGAGAACCAGCGCCAUGCAAAAGUUGGAAGGGUCUCCCAGGGGAGCUCGGGAUGCAAUUUAAGUAUGAGGGAGACUUCUUUGAGCAGUGGAUUGCCAUCACCUGCUGCCUGUUUAAUUAGUCAGUGCUUGAAAGCUAUCGAUAACUGGCUGGAACCUGGUCCUCGGAGGAAAAAGUUGUCGUCCCUCGAUGCUAGCAGCAGUGAUGCUCGCAAUUUUCUGGCUUUGCUUGAAGAUACUUUGACUUUUAACAAGGGUGGAUCCAGUAAACAGAUUAGUGAGGUGGGUGUGAAGGUGAAUGAAGGAACCCCAUCAGACGAUGUUGCAGAUUAUGAUGUAUUUGGUUCUCCUGUCCAAGAGUCUGACGAUGCGAUGCAGAUAGAUCAAGGAGGGAUGACUGGUAACGUCGCCGGCAAGGGGAAGAUUCAAGAAAGUAGCAAUGCACCAGAUAUACAACUGCACUCCGAAAAUGCCAUUUCUGUUACUCUAACUGAUGGCAGCCUUUUAUAUGCUCACCCAGAUUCAAAAAUUGAUGAAGUAGGCAUACUCAACAUGACAGGCUGGCCUCGUGUUGUCUUUGAUGUUAGUUCACAAGAAACAUCUUUUCAUAUCCCAUUACACCGUUUGCUUUCUUUGCUAUUGCGGAAAGCAAUGAAGAAAUGUUUUGGAGAGGAUGCCAAACAAGAGGAAUGUUCAGGUGUGCAGUCCAGUGAGUUCUUCUCUCAGGUACUUAGAGGUUGUGAGCCUUACGGGUUUGCUUCAGUUGUGAUGGAGCAUCCUUUAAGAGUGAGAGUAUUUUGUGCACAAGUGCGUGCUGGAAUGUGGCGUAAGAAUGGAGAUGCAGCUAUACUGAGUGCUGAGUGGUACCGCUCGGUGCAAUGGCUUGAACAGGGCUUGGAGUCGGAUCUGUUUCUGCUUCAGUGCUGUGCUGCAUUAUCUUCGCCAGAGUUCUUUGUGAGGACCAUUCAAGAGAGAUUUGGUUUAUCGAAUUAUACAUCUUUGGAACUCGCGGAACAGAAUGAGCAUGAGCCAGUUCUGAUGCAAGAAAUGCUGAUUUUUCUUGUACAACUAGUCAAAGAACGCAGAUUUUGUGGGCGUUCCACAGCAGACAACUUGAAGAGAGAAUUGAUUUAUAAGUUAGCUGUUGGAGAUGCCACCCAUAGCCAGAUUGUGAAAUCUCUUCCCCGUGACCUUUCGUCAAGUGAACAACUUAAAAAUGUUCUAGAUUCACUCGCAGUUUAUUCUAAUCCAUCUGGAAUGAAACAGGGAAAGUAUGUGCUUCGCAAAACAUUCUGGAAGGAAUUGGAUUUAUAUCACCCGCGCUGGAAUUCCAGGGAAAUACAGAUUGCUGAAGAGAGAUAUCACCGUUUUUGCAAAGUUUCUGCUCUUAACGCUCAGCUACCUCAGUGGACUCCUGUUUUUGCCCCCCUGCGCAGUAUUUCUAACAUAGCUACCUCUAAAGCUGUCCUUCAGAUUGUUCGUGCUGUUCUCUUUUACGCUGUUCACACUGACGCAUUGUCGGCAUCACGCGCCCCUGACAAUGUUCUUGUGAUGGGUUUACACCUGCUUUCGUUGGCACUUGACAUAUGCGAAUCAGAGAGUCAAAUGUAUGCGGACCAACAUGGGAUGGACAUAGUGCAGCAUGAUGCUGAAUCAUGGGUUGUUCUGUCAUCCUACGCAGAUGAGGCUUUUCCUAUAUUGAUCUACUCUACUGAACCAGUCUCUACUGAGUCUGACAAAGGAAAGAAUGAGAGCUUGCUAACCUUGCUUGUUUCACUAAUGCGCAAGUACAAGGAAGAGAAUGACAGCACCUUUUCUGGAUCCAAGUACUGCAAUAUUCCAUCUCUAGUAGAGAGUUUGUUGAAGAGAUUUGCCAAGUUAAGUAAGCAGUGCACGUCUGUAUUAAGACAAAUGGCACCACAAGUACUUCCAUCUAUUCCGGAUCAUGCUAGCACCAAACCAAGUUUAGGGUCUUCAGAAUCGAUGGACAAGAAGGCAAAAGCGCGCCAACGCCAAGCUGCAAUCAUGGCGAGAAUGAGAGCAGAGCAGUCAAAGUUUGCUGAAAGUAUGAAGUCAUCCGGAACUGAAGCGCAUUCUGUUCCAACAUUUGAGCCAGAUGCAUCCAGUUCAACUGCCGUUGCCUCUGAGGAGUCACGACCAGUUUGCUCUCUAUGCCGUGAUUCAGAUUCGAAAAGUCCACUCUGCUAUUUGAUUCUUCUUCAGAAAUCUCGACUUGCAACUUUUGUUGAGAUGGGUAAUCCAUCUUGGGAUAAUUUGAGUCAAGCAAACAAGACAUCUGGGUCCAUCAGACGGGAAAAAUCAACUGAUUCCUCCGGCACUGGGUCUUCUAGUUCGGAGGAACUUGUCAUGGAUGAAACGGUCGAAGUUGUAUCCACUGAUUUAGACAACAUGGAAGUUGAGGCAUUAGUUGAUUUCUCAAAUGAGCAACAUCCACUGAUCAGAUAUAUAUCAUGUUUUCCAAGUGGACAUAGUAGCGGCAAUGCAGAUGACAACAUCUCUCUUGAGACAAUUGAGGCUGAUGUGUACAAGUCUAUUGUAAAUGAUCUGGUUGGUAUUCAAGAUGGUGAAGAGACUUUGCCUACAUCGAAGCUUGUAGCUGGCUCCAAGAAAAACACAAGUCCGAGAAGUUCUGUGCUGGGAACGUAUGUUACUUGUCUUUCAACAAAAUACCGUCUGUCUUCUCUCCCUGACGGGGCCUCCAGAUCAUCUGCCUCAGCAACAAUAAGAAACAGAUUUGGUCCCGUUGAUUGUGAUGGCAUCCACAUCUCUUCUUGUGGACAUGCUGUACAUCAAGAAUGUCAUGACCGAUAUUUAUUUUCCUUGAAACAACGAUAUAUCAGGAGACUUGGUUUUGAAGGAGGCCAUAUUGUCGAUCCUGAUCGGGGAGAGUUGCUGUGUCCAGUGUGUCGCCGAUUUGCAAAUUCCAUUCUUCCAGCAUCACCGGAUUUCUCUAGUAUAACAAGGAAGGUGAUGCCAGCUGUCCAAACCAUGCCACAUGAAGCUGCUGCAACUACAUCAGAUGUGACCAUAAAUUACUUACAGUUCCCUCGUGCAUUGGCUCUCCUUGAGAGUGCUAGAAAAAUUGUUGGACAAAGCUCAUUUCUAAAAGCUUUUCCUGGGAAUGUUAAUGACACUAUUGAGCCAGCUUUAGAUCCUUCCCUUCGAAGACUUACUAUGCUUUACUAUCCUCGCAGCAAAAGCAGUUUUUCACAAUCUGAAAGGCUAAGCCCAUCCCUGUUUCUCUGGGAAACACUUCGGUACUCUGUUGUUUCUACAGAGAUUGCUUCUCGUGGUAGAAUGUCAAGCUAUUCCGCUCAAUCUCCAUCUUGCUUAGAAUCUCUGCGCAGCGAAUUGAAUUCAUCGAGUGGAUUCAUAUUGUCCCUAUUGUUCCGUGUUUCUCACUCGGCACGUGUUCUUAAUCGCCGUGAGGUUCUUCUGAGAUAUGAAGGCAUCCAACUGUUAGCAGGGUCUAUUUGCUCUGGUAUUUCUGGCGAUAAAGAUCUUCUAGAUGCUACAAAGAGAAAAGGAACUUUGCUACCUGUGGUUGACCGAGAAAGUGAGGGUGAAAUAUUUCCUGAUAUUCAAUUUUGGAAGCAAUGUGCUGAUCCAGUCCUUGCUCAAGAUCCAUUUUCUUCAUUGAUGUCAGCACUUUUCUGUCUGCCUGUUCAAGUUGUAGCAUCCACAGAAUUUUUCGUCCCUGUUGUGCAUCUAUUCUAUAUUGUUUGUGUCAUUCAGGCACUAAUAACGUGUUACGGAGAAGAAUCUUUUGACCGAUCAAGCUUCCGCGACUGCCUUCUUAAUGAUGUUUGCCAGGAGAUGUCAGGAUAUGAUGUUGCUAGAGAAUAUUUUGUAUCCAAGUACAUCGAUCCCUCUUGUAAUCCAAAAGAUGUUGUACGGAGAUUAACACAUCCUUAUCUUCGGAGGUGUGCGUUGCUUUGGGAGCUGCUAAAAUCGUCUUCCUCAGCACCCUUAUAUGACAGUUCGAACAUUUGGGAAGGGUCACAUCUUUACUCAGAUAGUAGCUCAGCAGAAGGCAAUUCUUCACUGUCAGUGGAGCUGGAUGAAGUACGAGAACUGGAAGACCUAUUUCAGAUUCAGCCACUGGACCUGAUAGUCAAAGAUGAGUGUGUACAUAUGCUUGCCUUAAGAUGGUCUCAACAUUUCUAUGAAGAUUACAGAUCUCGUAAAUACAGAGGCACACUCUUUUCUACCCCUGCAGUCCCAUUUAGGCUGAUGCAGUUACCGGCUGUUUACCAAGUUCUCCUAGAAAGAUAUGUCAAGAUGCAGUGCCCUGAUUGUGGUUCAGUGCCUGAUGAACCGGCGCUAUGUUUGCUUUGCGGCAAACUUUGUUCACCUAGUUGGAAACCAUGCUGCAGGACGGGUAAAUGCCUAAAUCAUGCAUCCCAGUGCGGUGCUGGUGUUGGUAUAUUUCUUCUGGUGAGGAAAACAACGAUCCUGUUGCAACGAUCGGCUCGUCUUGCAUUUUGGCCAUCUCUGUACCUCGACGCCUUCGGCGAGGAGGAUCAUGAAAUGCACAGAGGAAAGCCCUUAUACCUGAGCCAAGAAAGAUAUGCAGCCCUCACAUAUCUGGUGGCAUCUCAUAGCCUUGACCGGACUUCAGAAGUUCUUCGGCAGACAACUAUCAGCUUUUAUACAUCUGAUUGAGUGCAUUGCUGGAGAAGGCACGUACCUGUUGGAUGCAGACAGGGAGACUGAUGUUCAAACAACCAAUGUGCCUGCGAGUGUGGUGGUUAGGGGGAGGUGGAUAUGGGGAUUCACAAGCUCAUCUAUCGGCUGGCUUGCCCGACACCGGUGGUCGCUGCCAUAGCUUUGUAAAAAUUUAGGUGAAGUAGUGCUUUAAGUGUCAAACUGGUGUCACCAGAAAUGGGCCGUGUUAAUUAAAGCCACAGGAAAAGUGUUAAUUGAUGAAAUCUUACGAGUGUUUUUCUCUCA